UACAGAAAUGGUGUGGAAAUUAGAGAAGUGCUCAAAAGAACAAAAGAACGGAAAGACCAAAUCACUGUACAUGUUCUUUCAAUAUGUGGACAUCUUUUAUUUCUCCAUUGGCAUGAAGGCUUACGAUCGAGCCCUUUCUAGUACCUCGGCAAAUACAACCGAUUGGCGCAAAACAAUUUUGCGCUGUUACUUCAUAUUCCAGAUGCUAAAUCUGAACUUGACGCUGUUAUCGGAAUUGAUCUAUGUAUUCCUGGCGUUCAGCACUGGCAACAAUUUCCUGGAAGCCACUAUGAACCUGUCUUUCAUUGGAUUUGUCGUCGUGGGCGAUAUAAAGAUUCAGCACAUCUGGGGCAAGCGGGGGCAUAUCACAAAAGUGGUCCACCGCUUGCAGCUGCUGCAUCCCGUAACAGCUGAUCAACAGAAGGAAUAUAGGUUGAAUGAUUACUUGAGAGGCUAUAGAAACGUUAGCAUCUUCUACUUUGGCAUGCAUAUGGUGCUCAUCUGGACUUACAAUCUCUAUUGGGUCAUCUACUAUUUGGUGUGCGACCUCUGGCUGGGCAUACGACACUUUGAACGGACGUUGCCUUACUACUGCUGGACACCGUGGAAUUGGAAAAGCAAUUGGAGCUACUAUGUCAUGUACGUCUCCCAAAAUAUUGCCGCCCAGACCUGCCUCUCAGGCCAGCUGGCGGCGGACAUGCUCAUGUGUGCCCUAGUCACGCUGCUGAUCAUGCACUUCAAGCAAUUAAGCAGACAGAUCGAGCAGCAUGUGGCAGGCGUACAGUCUGCUGACCAGGAUCUGAGCUUCCUCCAGAGGAGCAUCGCUUACCAUCAGCAGCUACUGUGUCUGAGUCAGGACAUCAGCCGGAUCUUUGGAGUUUCACUCUUUUGCAACUUUGCCAGCUCCUCGUUCAUCAUCUGCUUUGUCAUCUUUCAGAUAACCAUCGGGGGCAACAUCGAUAAUCUGGUCAUGCUGAUGCUCUUUCUGUUCUGUGCCAUGGUGCAGGUCUUCAUGAUCGGUAGCUACGCGCAAAGCUUGAUCAAUUCGAGCGAGCUCAUCGGCCAGGCCGUUUACAAUCACAAUUGGUACCUGUCCGAUUUGCGCUAUCGCAAGCUAAUGCUACUGAUCAUGCAGCGUGCCCAGCGCCCCAGUUACCUCAGGGCUACCAACUUUUUGAACGUUUCCCUAGUUACCGUAACAGACCUGCUGCAGCUGUCGUACAAGUUCUUCGCCCUGCUGCGCACCAUGUACUCCCAGUAGAAGAGAUGUAGGUGGUAUGACGUAACCGUGAGCUUUCUGUCAUUGUCCGAUAGCGUGUGCAUGCAUAGCAGGCAGCCUGUGCAAGUGACAAAAAAUGUGGUUACGGAAAUGGUCCAGUCAUGGAAGGGCAAUCAUUUACGCCAACCCUCCUACAAUUGCAGCUUCUAAUUAGAUUGAGCAGGCAGUGCGAUGGCAUCGCCACUGGCAAACGUACAGCAAUAUCGAUAAAAAAAAAA